AUGUACUAUCCGUUUCAAGAAGAUGCCGAACUCUCUUUCAGCGACCAAGUAGCAAUGCUACCCGUGAGUGCGCGUGAAGAGUUGCUCCAGAUCAAGAAGAAUGAGCAGGACUGGCACCCGAACACGUGGUCAUUGUGGUCAGAUAAGAUAGCUUCUUAUGGCAGCGAUGAUUACAGUGUUCAUAAUCUGAGCCGCCACAAAGCCAGGAACCACAAGUUUGAAGAGGAUCUAGCGAAACUCUUAACAUGCUUCAAAAAUGUCGAUUGCUUGCACUACCUCCACGAACCUGCCGCUAUUCCAGGAAGGUACCGCGACCUCUUCAAGAACGAAGAUACGUUUCGAGAAGCUAUCCCUUCGUCUUUCAGAGGCUCGGGGUCAGACCUCAACGCUCAUCUUGGAUCGGAUGUCAUACUGACGGCUUGCGCCCUCUCAGAAUUGCGACCUUGUGUUCUGGAAUUAGCCGUCGACCUGGAUGAAUAUCACGCCUUUGUCACCUCUUUGCCUCAGGAGGUCCUUUCGGCAGUCUCCAGUCGAGUGGAGGACCUGCAGCUAUUCGACAGUUGUCGCGGUAUAGAUCAAUUAUAUCAUGAAGCAAGAGCUAGUUUCUGCUUCAACAACAGUUUCUGUCCAUUCUAUGGCUACUACGAUGCACAGACACAGAUGCCGGGGGGAGUCAUCACGAAAGAGGUUUUCCCUGCUCUCCAAUCGCUGACGAUCGACCAUAUGAGCGGUAUGCCAGGCUCUUAUCUGUCCGUUGCACCCGUACCAUCGCUUUCAGAUUUACCCAAGAUCACGCAUCUCGCUGUCAAAGGUACUCGUCAGACCGAAGCUACUCUUCUUGCUUUCGUAGAACGGCACGGAAAGGACCUUCGGAGCGUAACACUGAAGGGCAUAGCGGAGGACAGCUACGAUCUCAUGCUCAAUGUCUUGAGGCAAUUCAACUUGAAAAAGCUCAAGAUCGUGCACGUUACCGAUAAAUAUUGGAACGUAAUCAAAAAUCGUUUUAUCAUGGUCAAUGACCUUUUCGAAGCUCUGCAAAAAGACCGUAUCAGAGAUGUCGCAGACGAAACCAUACUGCAGCACGAAGGUCUUGUAAAGGCGCUGGAGAAGUACAAGUUUGUUCAAAAUCAAGAUGGAGGUAAAUCAGAGGACGAGGAAUGA